UUAGCACUUAGUUAGAUCAUCAAUUUCACUUCACGUUCACUUGAACCCAGCAUUCAACCAUACACCACAAAAUGAUGAUUCCACGAAUAAGCAACACAGUCCUACGCCAGGCAAGAAGUCAACUGGGGGCUCCGAAUAGGCCAGUAGCAGUCGCAUCACUAUCAGCUUUCGCCCGAUUACUUUCCUCCCUGGCAGUUUUGGAACAGAGGGAUGGCAAACUUAACCAUAGCUCACUUGGUGCAGUAACAGCCGCGCAAAAAUUGGGAGGAUCAAUUACCGCAUUCAUUGCAGGUGGAAAUAUAAAAGCUGUCGCACAAGAGGCAGCAAAAGUCAGCGGGAUUGAAAAAGUCAUUGCCGUAGAUAAUGCUGCUUAUGAGAAGGUGCGCUCAUAGUCCUGCGACGAUUGGUCUUUUCGUGGUACUAAUACCUCUUAGGGAUUACCAGAAAACUAUGCUCCAUUACUUGUUGAGAACAUCAAGAAAGGAGGAUUUACACAUAUCAUCGCAGGCCACACAGCAUUCGGCAAGAGUUUAAUGCCCCGCGUUGCAGCAUUACUCGACGUCCAACAGAUAUCCGAUAUCACAGGCAUCGAAGACGAGAAGACCUUCGUUCGUCCUAUAUAUGCGGGAAAUGCCAUCGCCACUGUGGAAUCGUCAGAUGAUACCAAAAUAAUCACAAUCAGAGGAACCGCAUUCCCUGCAGCAGAGGCAGAGGGAGGUUCCGCUUCCGUAGAAGAUGGUGUUGAUUCAAAGGCUGAAUGUGCUACGGAAUGGGUGUCAGAGGAGCUGGCCAAGUCAGAUAGACCUGAUUUGGCUACUGCUGGAAAAGUCGUCUCUGGUGGUCGAGGAUUGAAAUCAAAGGAGGAGUUCGACCGAGUCAUGCUUCCAUUAGCCGACGCAUUAGGCGCAGCUAUUGGUGCUUCGAGAGCUGCUGUUGACAGUGGUUACGCAGACAACAGUCUGCAGGUUGGCCAAACUGGAAAGGUUGUUGCCCCGCAAUUAUAUCUCUGUGCAGGUAUUUCGGGAGCAAUUCAACAUCUUGCAGGAAUGAAGGACAGCAAGGUCAUCGCAGCCAUCAACAAGGACGCUGAUGCACCGAUAUUCCAAGUCGCGGAUGUAGGAUUGGUGGGGGAUUUGUUUGAUAAAGUUCCAGAGCUCACUGAGAAGCUCAAGCAGUAGUAAAACUAAAUGUACAUGGUAUACAAGAAAAAAUACACUUUUAGUCUAGUA